GACAUGGCGGGAUUGAGGGGAUUUCCAGACAACACAGUUUAAUUAUGGAAAAUUAACAAAUUUAUCGAGUUAAAGGAGAAAAUUUCACAGUAAACAUUCGAAAUGUCAUGUAAAUGCAAUAAGUGAAUCUAAUGAAGCAGCUUGCCAAUCGACAUAAAAUGACAUGACAUCGAAAUAUACCUUGCUUCAUCAUGCCUUCAUUGCCAUCCUAUAUUUCUCCUUCAGUCAUGCCUCAUUUCUCCCAGCUACAGAACUACAAGAUACAAAACCAACCCAAGCUGCUAAUGGAUCAGCACAUCCAACCAACUCCACACCAGCCAUACACGGCGACUGUGGUAGAGGAGACAUUAUCGACGCUCUCUUCAUCCUGGGCUACUCUGCCCGCGCUCUGCCCGACGGCCGGUUAGUUGCUCUCGAUGGUGACGUGGGGCUCUCUCCAAAGGAAGUGCUCUCUCAAACUGAGCUAUGUGGUGAUCGGAGCAAGCUAUGGAGAACGAAAACUGGCCGACCGUUGCUAAGAUAUCGUCUGUAUAAGGACGGUCCCCCAGCCAUUACGUCGCUAUCAUUCGCUUUGAGCGGUUGGAUUGAACACACAUGUCUCCAGGCUGUAAGGUUACCUGAUGGGGAUUGUCGCGGGAGAAAUGGCGACGGCGAGCCCACGCUCUGUGUGGGUAACUUCACUGGCUGUUGGUCCUACGUUGGUCAAGCGACAACGGGUGCAGGAGACCAACCCCUCUCCCUAGAGCCAGGAAGAUGCGGCCUGGCGGCUGCCGCGCACCAGUUGGGCCACUUGCUGGGACUACAGAACCAGCACCAACGACCCGACCGGCAUCAGGUGAUCCGACUGCGACCCGAGCACAGCCCAUUACGUCGAAUGGGGGAUGGUGGCUAUCGUCAAGCGGGACAAUGCCGGGAGAGGAGACUUGCCGCAUCGCCGCCACCCGCGCCUUACGACUUUCUGUCUGUGAUGCAGCUACGAGCAGCAGCGUUUGCUGAUGAGGAUCAGAGACCGGUGUUAGUAGCGAAAGACGGUCGAAACCAGCAUCUACUUGAUUAUCAUGUACUAGCCGGUCUACGUCAGUCUCAUUUCGAUUUGUAUACAGUCAACAAGCUAUAUGGAUGUCAGCUAAGGCAGCGGAAAACUUGUGCUGCCUUCGGAUGGCCUACCACAAGGUGUCGCAAUUUUGGAUAUCUAACCGCUGAUUGCCGAUGCCGAUGUCCACCUGAAUACAGUGGGUCGAUAUGUGAACACCGCAACACCGCCGCUCCAUCCUUGCCUCAUAGUACGCUGGUUGAAGUAACCACACCUCAAACAGUGGAACUUAGCGACCGAGCUCUGAAUGCAGACCCCGUACCAGGAGCACGUCUCGACUUUCAGUACGUCCAAUUCGUCACAAUCACUGCCAUCGCGCCUUCUGAUUCUGAUAGAGUAUCCGUCAGCCUCCGCAUACAUCCGUCCGCAUUCCGCCCGCUAGCCGUCGAUCCUCGCGGUGUUGCUUCACUGAUUGCCAACCUACCCAACGAACAUGAACUACUACUUCUUCUCUGGGAUGGCAGUCAACACGCCGGUCUACGAGCCGAAUGUUUUAGUUAUGUGUGUAGAAACGAGUCGCGGGGUCCAGUGUUGCGUGGACGCUCCAGUCGUCUGGAUAUGACCAUCAGUUCGGGGUUUGGAAGACUCCUGAGAGACCCGCACGCAACGGUUGUGCUCUUAGAAGCGAUCGCGAUGAAGGUGGAGUUUUUACCACGACCCGAGGCGACGUUGAUCUUGCGAGAAACGGCUCCAGCCGGACACACGGCAGAUGAGGUAGAAGAGGAAAGCAAAAAUCAAGACGAGGAGGGAGAGACAGAAAAAUACGAAGAUACAAAGGAGGAGGAGAAAGACCAAGAAGAAAAGGAAGACGAGACAGAAAAAGAGAUAGAUGAGGAUAGAGUGAACGAAAAAGAGGAGAAAGACCAUACAGAAGAAGAAGAAGAGAUGAUGCCUGACGGGAAGGCAGAGAAGCUGGCCGUCAACUACGGCCGCCGGUUGGAACCCGGGGAGAAACUGGUGGUGGCCGUUGGUGGAAUGACCUUAGCUCUGCUGGUGGCACUAUUUUGUUUUGUUUUUGCUAAUUUUGUCUUUGGGGAGAACCGCCGGGCAGAGCAGAGGCGCUGAGACUUGGAUUGACUGAACAGAUGUGCUGAGAAGACUGGUCGGAAAGACAUGUCGAGACAAAACACACUGGCAUUAAAGACACUGAUACGCCCGAGACUAGCCCUUGAGGGACACUGACAUCAGGCAAACUCCGAAGCGGCAUUGCAAAAGAAGAAGCAAAACAGCAUCAAACAGAUUGGUGGCCUGCGAGCUGACGGUUCCCAAAGCCCGACAGAAGUCGGUCCCCGAGGACACUAUGUGGGCAGAUAACUUCCAAUAGGAACCCUAAUGGAAAGUGCAACGACGCGAAUCGUGCUGUCUGAUCACCAAGGGCGGAGAGGAGAAAAAAAAAACGUUCCAAGAUCACACCAUUUGCAAAGCCGCCACUUGCAACAGGCAGAACCGGCGAUGUUGUGUCACAUUUACCGAAAACGAAGCGUUACGAGAGCAAUACUCAGAAAUGCACGCAAACCGCACAUAUCUCAUGCCCUUCUGCGACAUUAACAUCGCCACAUGAGAGUAUCAUUAUAAAUGUCAAAAAAAGGACAAUUUUCGGACACAUUUGACAGGCCAGACCGCGCAUACAAAUUUUCCAAGAUCGGUACGAGUGUGAGUUCCGGAGGUUGAUUUCGGGAUGGCUGAUUCGUCACAUGUCAAGUGCGAUGGCACGAGCAGCCAGCUUUUUGUCCGUCCACCCGUCUUGUUAAUCCCGAAAACGACUAAACACAUCAGCCUGACA